AUGGAUAGUACUUGUUCAUUUUAUGAUCAACAAUCAUCUACUAUAAAUUAUUCUCAACCUGUCUCCGCUCGUCCCAAUCAAAACGCGCCAACACGUGAUUUUUAUUAUGAAAUUCAACAACAAAAAAAUCUAAUCUGCUUCUUAAAGUUUUAUCAUUUUUCAUCAAAUGAUGAUAAUUUUUAUCUUGUUAAUUGUAAAAUCAUUUCACAAGAAGACACUCUCGAUAGUCAUGAUCGCCAUAGUCACGAAUUCUUUUACCAGCAUCCAAGCGAUCCCUCAACAAGAUAUCAUGUUACUUGUAAAUUACUCUCAAGUUCUUUAGUAGAAAACGUUUUGAACGAUGAAAUUUGUGAAAUGGAUUUUGAUAUGCGAGUAUUAUCCAUACAUCAAAAGUUACAUCUCGAACAAAGCUUGAAGCAAAAACUUUACUAUCGAGUGUAUUGUAGAAAUACAUACUCACUUGAUAUUGGGAAUCAUGUAAUAGUAACACCAAUGGCAGAUAUUCAAAACUAUAGUUACAAUGAUUUGCCAGGCAGUGACCAUUUUAUAAAUGGAUCGGAGAGCACUUACAUUCAACCGCAGCAACAAGUUGAUUUCAAUAAUUUCACAAAUUAUCAAAAUCAUCAAAAUAGUUUCAACCCCUCUUUAAUCUAA